AUGGACUCUGAGAUAGCCCAAGUCUCGCGUUCUUUGAGGUUGAGCAAACUAGUGAAGCUCAGCAGAGGCAGUAAGAAGAAGGGCUUGACAAAUAUAUCAGGGCAGCACAGACUUGGUGGUAGCACGAACCCCGAGAACGACAAAUCCGAGACAGACGAUGAGGGCAAGAAUGACGAUGACAACGACGAAUACGUUGACGAAGACGACUACGAAGACGAAGACGAAGACGAGGGCGAGGGGACCAGACCGGAUAAAAACGAAGACCAAAGCACAACCGCAGGUAGAGCCAACAAAUACAGAAAACCAGAAUUCAGCAGAGAUUCCGUUAAUAAUCCCUUAAAUCUACACUCUGGAGAUAGAUCUGGGACUUUAGCACCUGAGCAAUCCAAGCUGGAACCCAGGAGCGCAAAUCCGUUAGCUCCUCCGCAGAACUUUGGGAAGACUCGGAUUACGAUAUCUGAUAAUUUGAGCACCGACGACAACAAGAAGAAUCGGCGUCUCUUGGCUCUGAAGCCCAAAUUGCCAAAGCCUGCUUCUACAUCAAACCUCGACAUAUCUGACAAUCAACUCGGAGGCUAUAAUCCUGGCGAGACAGGACCAGAAGGACCAGGAGGUCUGAACCGGCCACUGCACCGAUCACAACCAGAACAAGUCGCGGCAUUCAAUCGAGAACAGUCACUAAGAUUUCAGAAUCAACAAAUGUUCCAGCACCAAAUGGCGCUGCAAAACCAACAGCAAAUGGCUAUGAAUCGUCGGCAAGCUUCCCAUCCGAUGCACAGUACUUUCUCCCAUAUUCAAAAUGAACCUUUGUCCCCCCAAUUGGAUUCCGUUGUCGAUCUGUUCUCAGCCUUGGGGAUCGAUGCUAUCGCGAUGGGCAUUCCUUCAGAAUCUUUAAAUAACGUACAAGCCUUUCGAGAGUAUCUAUUACAGACCAUGCAAGCCAAGGAACCAAACAGGUACCUGAUAUUACAUCUCAUCAAGGGGCAACAAGAGCGUAUGUACUUUGAUCCCCCAGAAUGGGUUAUGGGACAUAAUGAUACGCGAAUUUUGAGGUCGAGGCUACCACUGUUCAACUUGCGGGAUUUUCUUGAAAAAAAUACCGACAUUAGCUUUAUCGUGUUUCGCGACUACAAGGAGAAAGACAUACCAACGAGGAAAGGGAUGGUCGCGCCGGCAGCAACAAAUAACAACAGUGGUAUUACAAAGUCACCAGUACAUGAAGAAGAGAAAAUACUUGCAGUGUCAGAACAUCUCACGGAGGCAAUUAAGUCAAUACUAAAGUCGAAGCCAGAAUAUGCAGAUCUGCUAGUAUGGUUUGAGAAAGGUGGGACAGAGCUCCCGUCGCCAUUUGUCUUCAUCUACCAUUCGCGAGCAGUUAUCGGAGAUUCAAUAGAGGACACCUCUGAUCCCAGCACGGUCCGACAGCUAAAGCUCAUGAUCGAUUACAUCUACAAGAACUAUGGAGAAGAAUAUGACACUGCGGACGCCAUGUUUGAGGAAUCCCGCGUUGCUAUACCAUAUGUCAAGUACCUGUUCAAGCCAGGAGACGUACUGGUGAAAGGCACGGGCUCUGACAUAAAUGGGUAUAUGUUUGUAACUUGGCUGCAUGAUAGCACCUCAAUUACAGCAAGUCUGAAGGAAGAUGGGAAGAACAAACCUAGCUCACAGUAUACCAUGGACGUCCGCUCGUGGUCAUUUGACGGCGCCUUCAACCGUGUCAGCACUCGGCUUACAUUAGAAAUAGACGGAAGUGAAAAGACAGAAUAUGCUAUCAAAGAUUUGAAUAUCAGAUCAAUUGCAUAUGCCAGUGAUGAGGAUAGAAAAAUACUUCAAAGUCGCGGAGAAAUGUUUUGGAAGUGUAGAGAGAGGAAAUUUGUGUCACAUCAGGAGCAAGGCCGCGGCGAUUUACACGGCGCCAGUGAAGAGAGAUAUAUGAUCGACAUGAAGACAUUUCGCGAGCUCCACCCAGAAGAGGAGAAGAAAAAUCAGGCGGCCCAGCCAGAAGAUGAGAAGAAAAAGGCCUCCGAUACUUUGGAUGAAGACGCCAUGGCGCAAGACAGUCCUCCAUAUCCGAUUUUCGUGUACUUACUUCCUCAAAAGAUAAUUGGCUAUAAUAUGCGGCGCAAAAAAUGGGUUGAGCUCCAUGCUGAUUGGUUGUCUGAGGUGGUUUGGGACAAGAAGGCGUUCAAAAAGUUGGUACUUGCGCAGAAGACGAAGGAUUUGAUUGAAGCUUUGAUUGUCAAUCAAAUUGCAGCCGAGAAAUCGACAGAUCUGAUCAGUGGAAAGGGCAAUGGUCUCAUCCUUCUACUACACGGAGGGCCGGGUACUGGCAAGACUUUAACUGCAGAGAGUGUUGCUGAAAUUGCAGAGAAGCCUCUAUAUAGGGUCACUUGUGGAGACAUUGGAUCGGAGCCUGAAGAAGUCGAGCAGUACCUCAACUCAGUGCUAGACUUGGUAAAGUCUGGAACUGCGUCGUUCUGCUCGAUGAAGCCGACGUCUUCCUUGAGGAAAGAACGCUGCGAUAUCUGGACAAUGUUCAUAACGCGGCUCCGAGAGCUUGGAGAGACGCAAGUCGACUUUGCAGACCUGGAAGACCAUCGGUGGGACUUGGCGGACUAUAAGCUCAAUGGACGACAGAUUCGAAAUGCAAUUCAGACAUCGAGGCAAUUUGUGUCUUGGAAGAACGCGAAGGAGAAGACGACGUUGAAUUUUGAGAUUUUGAAACAGAUCAUCGAGAUUUCAGGAGAAUUUGAUGUCUAUAUAAAUAAAUUGAAUAAUGGGAUGUCUCCGGAUCAAUUAGCUGAGGAGGAUGGGCUGAGACUUGCAGAAGCCAGAGAGUGA